AUGUCGCGACUUAUUGUGAUCCUCGGUAUUACGGGUGUGCAACUGAAGGGAAGUUCCGUCGCCGACGCUUACCUUCUGAAUCCGGGCUGGAAGAUUCGCGGUGUGACGCGCAAUCCGGCAUCUGAUACUGCAAAGAAAUGGGAGAUCAAAGGUGUUGAAGUGAUCAAAGGUGACCUUGAUGAUGUGGCAUCCUUGAGCCAAGCCUUUGUGGGAGCCGACAUUAUUUUAGGUGUCACCGACUUCUGGACAAUCUUCAAAGAUCCAGAAAGCCAUCAGAAGAAGAAGCCCGGCCAAUCACUUGUGGAAUAUUGUCACGACGUCGAGCUCCAACAGGGCAAGAAUAUUGCCGAUGCUGCGGCCACUGUUCCUGGCCUAUCCCGAUACAUCUUCAGCUCAAUGGCCCAUGCGAAGAAUUCCAGUAACAGCAAGUUCACCGAACUUUAUCACAUGGAUUCUAAAGCAGACGCUGCCAUCUACGCACAGAGCAUCCCUGCCCUGGCUGGAAAAUUCUCGCAGGUUCAGGCGCCCAUAUAUUUCCAGCUCCCUUGGGAGUGGGGACUUCCUACAACCCCGAGGAAGGAAGUUGAUGGCACCUGGCGAAUGACAGGAAUUGGCCCAGGUGACAAGGGCAUUCCGUUCGGACAUGUCCGCAAGGAUUUCGGCCCUUGCGUCAGGGCAGUUGCAGAGUCCGAGCCUAAUGUCAAUUUAUUUGCUGUUGGAGAAUAUGUAUCGUGGUCAGAUUACCUCCGGAUCUUUUGCGAAACCCUAGGUUUCAAGUACGGUGGCUAUGACGAGCUUUCCUACGAUAAAUUCUGCGAGUUGCUUCCCGGAGGUCUUGGUCACGAAUUUGCUCACAAUGUAUUAUUUGCACAUGAGUUCGGGUACGAAGGUAUCGAUCCUGCUGUUGUAAGACCAGAGAAGCUUGGUUUGAAAAUGACCUCGUUCCGUGAAUAUUGCCAAGAGACUGAUUUCUCGGCACUGGGCGGUGAUAAAUGA